CGGACAAUAUUCAAGGACCCCCCUGAAGUAAUGCUGUGUGGCGAUUCCGGGCAUGGGGGUUCCUCAGUGUCCCCUUCGACUGCGUAACGUGAGAUGGCGCUACUGUCGAAAACAAGAGCGUACCCUCCUACCUUUUCGACGUCCAAAGACGGACUGACUGUGUAAGGGAGGAGACCAGUGAUAAAUAUAGAGGAUUGUUGGUGUACUAGCAAAUGAUGGUACAUAUGGUGAAGAGAUGAUCCAUUAAGAAUGAUUAAAGUUAUGAAAGUUAAAUAACAGGAUAAUUGUAGAAAUAUAUGAGCAUAAAAGACUGUUGUUUGAAUAUUGUGAACUCAGUUCGUCGAUGCCUUUGAAAUAUCGAAAUUUUAAGUCGGAUAUUGCGCAAAGAACGUUGAGAACUUCAGGUGGCGCACGAUUUGCUGUACAUACUCCUGUACAAAUAACCUUGUUACACCAUCGCCCAAAUGGUGAAUUUACAACUUUACAUAACAAAUAAAUUACGAGUGGUACAACAAAUUAAAUAUAUAUUCACUUUUAUGGAUAAUUUAAAGGCCAUAAAAUUGCAACAUACAUAAUCUUAUCUGUAGUCAAUGAAAAUAAGACUCAACAAUACGCUAUAUUUCAAUACAGUGUCGAAGCGAAAAGCACAUAUUUUAUUUCUUAGUAAUAAUAUCUAUACAAGAAUUGUAAUAGUGAAGUGUGAAUAACACGAUCAAUUGUAACGCGUUUACACGCAUUCACGAAUACCGCUUGAUUAUCAGCAAUGACAGGACCUAACUUAACAUGAGGUGAAACUAGGUCCAUAAGGCUUUAACUUUAUAUUACCUGUUAAUAUUUUGGAAAAGUGUUAUAUAAUGGAAAGCCAUGAGAAUGAACAAUAUGUUUCAUUUCCCCUUUCUGGGGUACAUGAUGGAAUACAAGAUAAUAUAAUAUCUCAUGAAGAAAUAUGUGAACCUGUUGACGAGUGUGUCCUUCAAGAAGGACUUACUGAGGUAUCUGUUACAGAUGUCAAUAGUGAUAUUACUGAGGCACAGGUUGCUGUUGAAAUCUUAACAGAACAUUCCGAUGAAGAAGAUGAAAAUCGUGUAGUAUAUCCUAUAUACAUUAAACAAGAAGAACAACAACAAUAUACAUCUGGAGAUGAUGAAUCUAUGGCAGUGGAAGCUCUCAGACAGCUGGGAGGAAUGUAUCCAUGUUUUGAAGAUAAAAAAGUAUCUUGUGCUAAUUGUGCAAAUUUCUUCACACAAACUGAGAUGGCAAAACAUCAAAUUACUUGCACUGCCGUUAAAUUAUCAUGUAUGACUUGUGGAGAAAGAUUUGAAAGAAAGAUGGAUUUAAAUAACCAUAUGGUUUGUCAUCAAGUAGAUCGUCCACAUGCUUGUAGAACUUGUGGUAAUUUGUUUCGUUCAAAAAGCAAUUUAAGAUAUCAUAUGUUACAAGUACAUCAAAUAGAGAGACCUCAUAAAUGCACUAUAUGUGGAGCAGAUUUUCAAAGACCUUCUAGUUUAUCUAAUCAUAUGAAAAUUCAUACAUAUGUUGCCGGACGUGCCAUCAUGCAAUCACAGGGUAAUAAUGUAUCACAGUCUGAAGAAUCUUUUAGAAAGUGGCCUGAAAAUAUGGCGGAGUCUCAAAACAGUGAAGUACCAUCUUCCUCUGUACAGACUGUACAAAAUUAUGAUACAGUUCAUUGGACAGUUCCAUCUUACAAUUUUCCCAAUGAACAAUCAGCAGUUAAUGCAAUAUCAAAUUCUCAAGAAAAAAUAGAUACUCUGCAUGAAUUUACUGUAAUGCCAAAUGGAGAAGUAACACAGUUUGAGUAUUCGCAACAAAACAGUAUAAAUAGCCAAGUAAAUCAACAAUACAAUCUCUCAUUGAAUUCAUUUAAUAAUACCGAUGCAAUGAUAAAGGUUGAAACUAUAUCAUAUAACAGUGAAAACCGAAAAAAUUAUGUAGAAGUUGAAACAAAUGGUACAAAACAGCAUACAUGUAGACACUGUGGAAUUAGUUUCCCUCGUGCAACAGCACUAGUAUCUCACGAAAAAAUUCAUGUAUCUAAAAAUUGGAGCAUGCCAAUUGAAUGUGAAUAUUGUGAUAAACAAUUUCAAGAUGGUAACCACCUGGCAACUCAUCAAACUACAUGUGCAAAGAAGCUAAUGCAAAAUAAUAUAGAACAAGGUUCACCUAAUAAUAAAUGGGGUAAACAUGCAUGUUCCGAAUGUGGCAAAAAAUUUACAACAAAACAAAAAAUGUUCAGACAUCAAUGGAUUCAUAGAAAGAAAACACAUUCCUGUGAAGUAUGUGGAUCUCAAUUUGAAAAACAAAAUCAAUUGGACGAGCACAGACUAUCGGCACAUCCUGGUGAUUCUCCAUUUACUUGUACAGAAUGUGGUAAAAGUUUCGUAUCUCGUCAAGGACUAUGGGAACAUGGAAGAACACAUGCUGGAAGCCCUGCACAUUUUCACUGUGAUACAUGUUCUAAAACAUUUUCAUCUAGACAAGGAUAUUUGAUACAUCACCGAACUCAUACCGGAGAAAGACCAUACGGUUGUAAAUUUUGUUGGAAAGCAUUUAGAGACGGCGGAACUUUAAGAAAACACGAACGUAUUCAUACAGGAGAAAGACCCCAUGUUUGUCCUUUGUGUUCAAGAGCAUUUAAUCAGAAAGUUGUUCUGAGAGAACAUGUUAGAUGGGUUCAUGCAGCAGGAAAAAAUGAAACCGAAGUAACUGGACCUCCUUUUCCUUGCCCCAUAUGCGGAGCUUUAAGUCAAGAUCGGGACGAAUUGUGUGCGCAUAUUGUUAAACAUUCAGAUCAAAUGAUAGCAGAAGCGAAAGCUAAAACAAACAAUAAUGCGCCAAAAAUAAAACAAGUUAAAAAGAAUGCAAAAACGUCUGCAAGUACUAGUUUGGAAGAGAAAGAGGAAAUCGGAAGUCGUAUAAUUACUAAAACAGAACAACACGAAGCACUUUUGUCUAUCACAGACACAGAUAAAUCAGAUAAUCAGCAAAUUUUAAAUGAUAAACAAAAUAAUACCUAUCUUGUAGUUACCACAGAAAAAAAUGAUGACGAUUACAUUACAAUAUCAGAAUUUAAAACUGAAAAUGCAGAAUUAUUAGCUGAUGAAAAACAGGAUGAAAACAUACAUGGAGAAUCUUUAGAUAUGAUUACAGUAGAUAAGCAAAGUAAUACAAAUAUAAAAUUAGAAAGAAGUGCACUUCAUUCUCCAACUGGUCAUGAUGAAAUAACUACAAUGCAUUUAAUACAAGCUUCAAAACAAUCUAAUACUUUGCAUUUAAUAUCAAAACGAAAUGAAUCAUUGCCUGUUUUGACACUACCAAAUCCUCAGGGUCACGAAAAUUUUUCCAGUCAAAUUGCACAAAUAAGUAACAGCGAUGUACCCAUGGAUAUAACUCAUCAUUCAAUUAAACAGGAUCAAGAUGCAAAGGAUCAUAAUGAAAUUGGACAAGAAUCAUUAAUAGCUGAAGGAACGUCCCAUACAGCUGUAAUACAAGUUGUACAGUAUCAUCAAGAAGAAAGUGAUGAUGAAGAGGAAUUAGUUUGUGGUAUUUGUGGAGAAGAUUUUAAUGAUAAAAAUGUGUUAAUGGAACACGUAAAAAUUCAUAUAUAAUUAUUAUUAGUUUAUUACUAUCCAAGUUUGUGAUAUUAUUAUGCUAUUAUUGUGGCUAUGUAAGAAUUAAUGAAUUCGAACAUUUAUAUUCUUGGAACAAAAAAUAUUAAUUGUAAAUACUUAUGUAUUAGUUUUCAGUAGUAAUAGCAGUAAAGCACCAAUUUUCUAUGUCUCUUAAAAACGCACUGAUAUUAAAACAAAACAGGGAAUUUUAAUUAUAUUUGUACAUUUUGAAUUCAUUCACUUUCGGUUCUCUCAAAUGCUUUUGCACAUUUAGAUCCUACACUAUAUACAUAGUAAAAUUAUGUAAAUGUAUUAAAAUAAAAUUAUAGAUAAAGGUUUAUAUAUUAUGUAAAGCACAUUACUGGUUGUCAUAAAGGAACAAGAAACAUAUCGUAAACAAUUAUUAUUAAUUCAACUUUACGAAUUGUUUAAUCUUUUAAAUUUUUAUCGAUUUACGGUACAUAAAUUAUGGCUAAGCUAAAACGGCAUUUAAAAUAUAGAAUAUGAGAUGUAAUAAGGAAAUAAAGUGCAUUUUAUUUUCUA